AUGGAGCCUGUCUGCAGCUCCCUAGACAAGGAACUCAAUGUCUUCCAGCCGACAGAUGCUACGUCAUCGGAGCUGCAUCCUCCACUCCACAAGAGGCUAGGAGCUGGGGGGAGAAAGGCAGUCCAGCCGCAGGGGCCACCCGAACAGUCUCUCCUCCUCACAGAAGCCUGGAGCUGGGCAUCCAAGAAGCAGCCGCCUCAUUUGUCUGGUGUCAUCGUAGGUGGCCACCUAUGGCUUCUGGGCUUCUCAGCCGGGGCGGGUGGGUUCUCCACCACCCUACCGCCCUCCUUCCUCCGUGUGGAUGACAGAGCCACAGCCAGCACCACGGACAGCUCCCGGGCGCCCUCAUCUCGUCCUCCAGGCAGCACAAGCCACUGUGGAAUCUCCACUGAGGGCACACAAUGGUGCCUCCGAAUCCUGCCACUCGGGACCGCUCAAGUCCCCGAUGUCAUGGCAUCAUCAGGAGUGAGCGUAAUUCAGACCUACUCAGAUCCGUCAGCCCAUGGGUCAGGGGGACCUUGAGCAGGACAGUCUUUUGUCUCCAAGCAGUCAUUCCUUGUUAUACAAGCAAGAGUCAGGAGGAGGAAUGGUUUUGGCAUCAUCCCCCACAGACAGCAAUGGGGCCUUUAGGCCUGGAGGGAAGGACCAGGCUGAGGCUGGCAUAUGGAGGUUAAGCCCUGGGCACGGGGCAUCAGCUUCACCCGGCUGGGGAUGCCUUCUGCUGGGUUUGUCCAUCUGGCACCAGCUGGCUUCCCAGCACCGCCCCCACAACCAACCAGCCUCUUUCUUCUGUUGUUGCCAUGACAAUUGGCUGCCAUAUUGUACUCAGCACACUAGCUCCUAUCUGGAUUUUCCCAUGGGGUUCCUAGAGGGUGGGAGAUGGGUCUCCGGGGAUUUAUCCCUUCCUCCUGAUACCCAUCCAAUAAAAUUCAUAAUAACAUAUGA